AAAAGUACGUGCAUGGUCAGCUUUAUAAAACGAUUGCUAGAAGCGCGCGGGUGAGAGAGAGAGACGGAAGAGUCAAACAAGUAAACAUGGCGCCGUGUGACCCAUCAUAUCAUAUUUAGUGUAUUUUGUACACGCAGUAUCUGUAGAUUUAUCUAAAAUUAGUAGGAAAUCUUUCAAGAUAAGUGCGUAAGAGUCAUGAAACAUUACAAUAAGUGAUAAAUCAACAUUAUUAAAAAGUGCCAACUCUAUAUUUUCGUAAUUUAGUAAAUUUUACAGGUCUCGUAUCGAAAUAAUUGUGUAUUAUGUGUGUUUGUAAAAAAUCGAUGAAUGGAGUUAAGAUAGUGUUAGCAUAAUGUAAACAUUGUGGUUUUGUAAUAGUACGUAGGCGAAUUUCGCUAUUAACAAGUAAGAAUUUAGCUAUGGAAAAAAGCGACAGUUACCUGCACAAAAAAUUCAAGAAACAAAUUAACGUGGAAUCCAUAAUCCAAAAUGACAAGGAAAACAAGAAGAGCGCUCCGGUGGAGACGUUCGCGCAAAAAACCGAUCAAAAAGAAAAAAUCGAAAAAGAAAAAAUGGAUAAAACGGACAAUAUCGAACCUGUGCCAAAUCAAAGUACAAAUAGCAGCCCUUCGCGUACGUCGAACGCCAAGUCUUCCAUAUCAGUAGGAAAUCAACAAUCUUCGAACUCUUACAUAUCAUAUGUAGUUUCGAAACAACCAGAUCAUCAUCGACCGACUAGUUUUGAUACUAAACAGACCAACUAUACAGAUAAUACUAGUAGCACGUCUUCCAUUUUGAACAACGUUUACCCGACCACCAACUACAUUUACUCCGGAGACAAUUACGGGUCAUUCAACGCCAAUUUCCAUCGAGACGACGUCAAACCGGAAGAAACGUCGACUCCCAAAUACGACGAACAAAAAAACUCCGUCGGAAAAUACGUUUGCCCCUAUUGCAAUUUAGUCUGCUCGAAACCGAGCGUUUUGCAAAAACACAUCAGAGCCCACACCAACGAAAGGCCGUACCCCUGCGAAAGUUGCGGCUUCUCCUUCAAAACCAGAUCGAACCUCUACAAACAUUGCAGAUCCAGGACGCACGCCAACAGAUUAUUAGUGACCAAACCUCCGGACGCGAACAACGAGUCCGAAAUAGCGAAAAACCCGCCGAACGAUUCGGAAUUCAAAGACGAACCGAAGAAACCGUACAAACCCAGGUUCCAUACGGCGAAAUUAUUCGAUAAUCCCCCGCAAGAUAGUACCGAAGACGCGCCGAAUACGUCGACCACCCGAUUCGUGUCGCAUCAAAUUAACAAAAUCAUAAAUAGAAACAAUUCCUCGGCGCCGCAACCCAGCGAGACGUUCGUACAAAAAGAAAUCCGCCACGACGAGCCGCUCAAUCUCACCAAAAACAGAAAGAGAUCCAUGAGCGAAGUAACCGAACCGGUAAUCCAAAAGAGCCUAAUCAAAGAACUCCUGCUGAAAAAUCUGAGCUCCUCCGACAUGCAAUGCCCCCAUUGCAAGAUGAUCUUCCAAACGGUCACCGAAUUGGACGUCCACAAAUACAGAAAUUGCAAAGGAAAAUCCGCCGGGCCGAAAUAUACUAGAAGUAGUUCGGUGAACGUCGCUUCGAUAUUAACGCACAACAAAAACGCUUUCGACAACAUUCCUCGGAUGCAAUUCCCCCUCGACUCCCCGGGACCGUUCCUAGGCAAAACUCGACUAAUAGAAAGCGACAAAACCAAAUCGUUUUCCUUCGAUAGCGGAAAUCUACCUCUGGUUAAUCGAGGGGAAACCGCAUCCUCGCCGCCCAAUUAUCUAUCGUCCCCCCUUUCCUUCGAUAAAGAUAAAAAACCCCGCAUCAAAUUAUUCGGGGGGGAAGUGAAAGUUCAUUCGUCGGGCGAAUCGAAAACCUUCAAAAUCGAAGACGAAUUCGAUAAAGAUGCGAAUUUUAUCGGUAAUUUAAGCGAAAAUCGAGUCGUCAAAACUAGUUUACAAUCCGGAGGCACCGUUUUAACGAAUACCAAUAAAUCCGACACGAAAACCCCCAAAGAAAAUAUAGAUUUCGAUAAAUCGAUUUUUACGUUCGAUACAACUCGAAAUAUCGACGACGACGUAUCGAUUAUUAAAUCGUAUCCGGAAGAAUCGAGUCCUCUAUAUAAGAAUAUAAUCGAUUUUAGUCAGAACGCUCUUAAAAUGUUGACGCCUAAUAUUAGACAACCAGCGGUACCUACGAAUUUUAAUCAUCGAACCCCCCCCGGCGACGUUAAAACCAAUUUGUACAAUCCUCUGAAUCUAUUGGUGAACGGUCAAGUCGUUAGACACGUGCCGGGUAUGCCGGGGCCCGUAGUCGAAAAUUCCCCCCCGAUCCGACAAAAUUUACCCCCUCCGAUGACGGACCGAUCUCCGAAACCGACGGAAACUUACCCCCAGGAUAAAAACGGCGCGAGGUUAUUCGCGCAACCCGAUAAACUGAUCAAAUCGCCCAAAAAUAAUAAUAAUAAUAAUAAUAAUAAUAAUCCGGUGCAAAUUAGAACGACGACGGCCAAUUUUUUGCUACCGGAAAGAUUGAGUAGAUCCCCGAAAUCGGACGGUUCCGAUACGAAAUGUGCGGAAGACAAAUCCGCCGAGGGGGAAAUCAAGAAAUUCGCCAGACCAAAUAGUUUGGCUUUGAAACCGACGACGGCGUCUUUGAAACAACACCACGGCUUGACGCCGACGAUGUUCAAUCAGAUCCUGAUCAGCCCCGAUACGCCUCGAGUCGCCAAAAAGUACGCCGAGCAUUUUCUUCACGGCAAUUAUUUCAGUUAUUUGGGAUUGAAGAGUUCCACGAGACCGGUGUAUUGUACUUUGAACAAGACGCAACCUUUUUACGUGCCCCACUUCAAGAAAUUGAGCAUGUACUCCGAAUGGAGGCAGCAGGAUACCAAACAGGAUAAAUUGUACGUCAGCGACUACGAUUCCAGGCAGAUUAACAAGAGUUACAGUAUAGCGGGGAAGACUUCGGCUAAUCUAAUCAUACAUUCUAGUUAUAAGUUUGUCAUUACGGAAACGUCAUCGGCACAAUCUGAAAAAGAAGACGAGCCACAGAAGAAUAAUACAAUUUUAGGCGGGUACGAAUGUAACGAAGAUUAUAUUUACGUUCGAGGCAGGGGUAGAGGCCGAUAUGUAUGCGACCAAUGUGGGAUUCGUUGUAAAAAACCGUCUAUGCUUAAAAAGCACAUCAGGACACAUUCAAACGAUAGGCCUUAUACUUGCAGUCAUUGUAAUUUCAGUUUCAAAACUAAAGGAAACUUAACCAAACAUAUGAAAAGUAAGGCCCAUUCGAAAAAUUCCACAACUAGUACGGGAUCGUCGUCUUCAUCAGCCCAACAAAGCGCUCAGAGCUCUGAAUCUGAUACUGACGACAGCGGAAUGGAUAGUAGCGACGAAUCGACGCGUCAACAAGAACACGAAGCGGCCUACGGUCUGUUGUCUCUUUCGCAAAAACCUACCCAAACAUCCGGUAACAUAGGCACGAAGAGCCCCACAGAGGCAUUUAUGACCACAGAAGAACUGGCGCACGUUUCAAAGACAAUUUACGCCAAAAACAAAUUCCUAGAUCAACCAAACACAACGAUGAGUCCAAGUUUCAAAACGAUGGAGCUGAAUAUAUCGGCAUCAGAAGAAACUGCAGAAAAUCAAAACGUUAGGACCUAUUUAGGAAUGGGAAGUAUAAGUAGACCUUUGACGUAUCCUUAUACCACAGUUUUAAUAGGAGAAAAGGUAGUAUUAUCUUCACCGGAACCGGAAAAUAAGUUAUCGGAAAGUGUUACCAAUCCAGUAGAACCGAAAUGUAUUAAACAGUUCAACGUUAUAAAAAAAUACGUUCCCCAAGGAAAAUUAAGUCCCGAUUUACCCGAAAACGAAAAUUAUUGUUACGAAGAGACCUUAAACAACGUUAAAAACAUCACAACUACCCCCAACCGAACCCUACCCACUUUAAAAAUAAACGACGUCGUAAUAACCGCCGAAAGCGUGUCGGAUAUAAGAAAAAGAAAAUUUUCGAUAACGGAAUUUCCCCAUAAAAACAAAAUACAGAAAAACGACGAAGUUAUGGAUCUAUCGAUGGCGAAUAAUCAAGAAAAAUUAAACGGAACGUUAGUAAACGAGGUGGUGAAUAAUUUUAGGUUGACGGAGAGCGAAAAGAACGUCGCCAACGAAAUAUUCAACGCGUUACAGAAACCACAGUCUCCUCCUCGAUUGGAAAUUAACGAGGACAGAGAAGAAAUUCCUAUUUAUAACAACAACAACAACAACAACAAUGGUACCGUUAUCAUAUUGAGACCUCUGAGUGCGGAUACACAAGAUCAACAUCAGAACUACAACGAAGAACCUGGCAACAAUACGGAUUACGACAACAGCGCCAUGGAAACUCUGGCCGAUGUUGCCACCAAACAAGUCAAAUUGGAGAAAAAUACUUUGGCGAAGAGCGUCGCCAGCGAAUUUUUAAAAUUGGCCACUAAAAACGAAAAUAUAGACGGUGGUAUUAAUACUGUUAAUUUCGGACCCGUCAAUAAGGACGUCAAUGAUAUUAUCGUUAAAUCCGAAGGGAACAAGAGCUGCACCAUUUGUUCCAAGAGUUUUAACAAACCUUCACAACUUAGGCUACACAUGAAUAUCCACUAUUUAGAAAGACCUUUCCGCUGUGAUUCAUGUUCCGUUAGUUUCAGAACGAAAGGACAUUUACAAAAACACGAAAGGAGUGCUAGUCACCAUAACAAGUUAUCCUCAUCUCCUGCGCUUUCUUCUUCUGAACCCAGACCGUUCAAAUGUUCGGAUUGUAACAUCGCUUUUCGGAUUCACGGUCAUCUAGCCAAACAUCUGCGAUCCAAGAUGCAUAUACAGAGGUUGGAAUGUUUGAAAAAGUUACCUUUCGGUUUGUACGCAGAAUUGGAGAGAUCGAACAGUCUGUUGACUGAGAUAAAUACUUGCGAUGGGGACCAGUGCCUUGAAAGUUUAAAGACUCUAGCGAAAAAAGUAUUCGUCAAUCAUCCGAACAAACUGAACGAAAUAGAACAGAGAGAAACGAUAAUGGCGGAUUCGUAGAACAAUUUUUGUACAUAUUUGCUAUUAUAAAACUGCUGAAGACUGAAUAUAGAAAACAAAAGCUAUGAAAAUAAGAAAAGUAUACAUUUUAUAAACUAUUUUAUUGUUGAAAACAUUCUACUUACAGAAUUACUUUAUUAUUUACACGAAAUUAUAUAUAUAUAUAUAUAUAUAUUAUAUAUUCAAAUAGGUGGAUUAUAGAACGAAUUUUUCUUCAGUACGUUUGGCAUAAAAUGGCAAUUUUAGUCGUAUUUUCAAGUCAAAUUUUCAAAAUAUAUUUCUUCUUAAUAACUAAAUAAAUACAUCUACAUAUCUAGCUGCUAUUUUACAUAAUUGACUAUUUGAAACUAAAUUUUAUACAAAAUUAUCGAAAAUGAGAAACGUGUUAGUAUAUUAUCUAAAGAAAAAAUCUGUUUCCCAGUGUAGGUGAAAUGUUUUUUGAAAAAAUGUAUAAAAAUGUGAUUGAAACUUUUGGAAUUCAACUAGAUGUGGUCGUGUCAAGCUUAGUCGUUCCUUUGGUUUAAAUAAAUAACUUCUUGUUGUUUUUUACAUGACAUAUAUUUAUUUUUUCAGUACUUCCACAGUUUUUUCAAAGUUUUCACUUGUUUAUAUACUUUUUCCACAAUUUCUACAGCCUUUCGGAUUCUAUUUUCUCAAAAUUAUCUAUGACCAGUAUCCUAAUAUCCAUUUAGACACCAAUUCAAUAAUUUUAUUUUCAUUUUUCAGAACUUUCACCUGUUUAUUAACUUUGUCACUUCUUCCGCAACAUUUUGAGUUCAAAAACAACUUUUAUCAGUUUUUCAAAACUUUUCUUCCCCGCAGUAUGUUUCCAAAAAUUUAACAGAAAAAUAACUUUAGCUGUAGCUUCUUUUAGCAUUUUACAUAAAAACUUUUACCAUUUUUCUUCUUUUUCAAUUAUAGAGAUUAAAAUCAAAAGAACUAUUCCAAGAUAUAGAGAAAAUGUAGGUUAUUGUACAUCACCAUGAGUUUCAACCAUGAAAAUUUUUUAUUUAAUCAAGUUUGACUGUAUUUAUUUAUAUUCGGGUUCUGUACAGCAGGGAUUCCCAAAAUUUUGAGUUAACUGGACUUACGCCAAAUAUAAAUCAAAAUAUUACAAAUCAAACGACACGAAUUUUCAUUAGAAAUAUUUUAAUAGUGAAAAUAGUUUUUUAAAGUCAACUUUUAUCAGAAGGAAUAGAAUUAUGUCACUGUUUUAUCACUCUUUAAGUCCUAAAAGUUUUAUAUAACAUUCAAUAUUGAUUCGAAAUUAUUUAUUGUACCACAUUUCAACGAAUCUUAUGAAAAAUGUUAGCGAAGUGAAGUUUUGUCUACUUUCGGGUAUCUACUUCUAAAACAAGACCAAAAUUCAUUCACAAAUAUACUCAAUUAUGGGUUUUAGUACCGAUCAACUAUGUAGAUCUAUUUCUGCUUCGUAAUCAAGAUUAAACAGCUUUAUAAGUUGCCUUUUGAUGAUGAAUCCAUUUUUUAAUCAUUAAACAUCGACAUUUGUGCUUAGAAAGUAAUCUAACAAUGAUUCCAUGAAUUUUAUCAUAUAUUCAGUUGUGGUAGUUCUUAUUUUCUUUCAGUUUUUUUGUCUAAAAUUGUGUGAAAGUAGUCAAUAUGAAUUAUGAUUUUGGUACUAAUUCUGUAGAAUCCUGGGAAUUUUUUGUACGGGAACCUUAGGUUCUGCGGAAUCCACUUUGGAAAUAGAUGCUAUAGAGUAUAUUUUAUAAAAUGACUUCAAUCCUUUGGAUUUAGUCACUAACACACUUACAUUGCUAUAAAUACUGACGAAAUUGUUUGUUUUAUAAUUCAUCUCGAUAUUCUGAUGUGUCAAAUAUGAUAAAUGUGAUAUAUUUUUAAGCGAUGUAAAUAUUUAUGUUCGAAAGACUUUCCAAGAGUCUUUUUUGCCAUGAAAUCAGAAGGUGCAUCUUUUUGUUUAAAUUUCUCAUUUAAAGGUUACAAUCCCGUGUUAUCGAUAUCACCAAUUUGGAUUAUUUGGACGAUGUGUAAAAAGAUGUUUCUUUUAUUUCAAACUGAUUAUUUUAACUUUUCUAAUACAAUUUGAUAAAAAAAUAAUUUUAUUUACUCAAGUUGGUGAUAUUGAUUAUUCGAUUGUGGAUCUUUUAGCAAUGGAAAUCGUUUACGUUUAAUCUUAUUUAAGAUUCUGUUUGUAAAACUAGAUUUUUUUUACCUGUUUUUAGGUAUACUUUGCGCAUAAGUACACACUCGUUAGGUUAUGUAUAGUUAUGUUGAUUUUUUAAUGUAAAUAAUUGUUUGUAUUAAUUAUUAUUGCCAGGAUGCAUAUUUUGUUAAUAUUGUUUCCCCCCCUGUUGAGAGAGUACAAGAAAUUGUUGAAACA